CUUCAUGGUUUGCAUGGCAGACCUCGUCCGACUCCCUCGCCCAGCAAUCACCAAUCAUCAGCAAUACAGACAUAAUGCCCAGCUUCAGGGGCAUCGACGUCUCGAUCGUGCCCGGUCCCAACAUGGAGGGGUUGCCCGAGCUCCCGCACCCCGAGUCCUCCUCUGUCCGACUUCGGGGUCCUCAUGCAGCAAGUCCGAUGGCGACCACGGCUUCCGGCUUCACCUCGACGCCAGAGAAGUGUAGACCUACAAUAUCCGUCUACAUUCCCUCGUCGCCAGGAUCCCAGUUCCACUUGAGAUACUCAAUCAACAAAUCUCCCCCGGAUAGCAAAUUCUUGUAUUUCAGAAUGACUAUGAACGGUCGUCAGGUAGUUUCUUGGGGUAUCAAGUCGCAAGCCACCCAGAGUCAGAUCGUCAGCCAUGCCCUGUACGAGCCCGAUACCAAAUGGCACUAUCGAGAGUGUGGCGUCACUUAUAAGCGUGAGGGCGUUGAAAAACGGUUCUUCCACUUCGCGCCGCGCCCCGAAACUUCCGCUGCCAUGGAUGGCGGUCUGAUCGACCUUCAAAUUUUCCGAUCCUACGGACGAAGGAGGAGAGCGCCUCAACUUGACGACUUCCGCAGUCAAGAUCAGUAUGGUAUCACGUCACCCACCGGAGGCCUCGUGGAGUCAUCUCAAGACCUCACAUACUACGACUGGGUCCUAGUCGAUCCUGUUGACUCUCCGUUCGCUACGUUUCGCUUCUUUUACCGCACUUGGGAAAACCUAAAGUCGCUGAAUCUCGUAUCGGAGGCACAUUAUGAGGAACUCGUGGCCUCAGACGCACAGAGUGGACAGCUGCCGAACAGACCCAAGACGCCAAAUCACAAUGAGACUGAAGGCUAUACUCGCACUCGACCGAGACCAUACGGCUUCGAAUCUCUUGAUGGAUUAGUUUUUGGGGACAAUAACACGAGUCGGAACAAGAUGAGAGGAAGGCAGAACUCAGCCGCCGAGAGAGAUUUCUACCUUGAAACACCACCCAAGCUCGCUCCUCCGGCCUUAAAUCUGACCAGAAUGCCUCAGCCCAGCAAACUAGCACGAGAGAUUCGGAAGGUGUCAGACAUCCUUCGACCUCUACCAUUGCUUCCUGAUUUUGAACCUCCGAUCAACAGGAAGUCGUUGGAAUCGGCAAGAGCCCCUUCAGUCACGCCAUCGCUCUUGCCGUAUAUUGACGAGUCAAGUGGCGGUGACGAGUUUGAGCUUGGCGUUGCCAGACGGGUAAUAUUGCCCUCUCUGUCUCAAGAGCUCCCUGGGAUGGACCCGCGCCGUCCUCUCCCUUCUCCUCCCCGAGGACUUCCAGCAUCUUCAUCUGACUAUGACAUGACGCCUCCUUCUACGGGCGGCUUGGAGGCCCUCAAUCGGGUUGGAAGGCAACAAUACAUCGCCGCAGCGCAUGCGAAAUCGAUGAGGCUGAGGGGUUCAUCCAUUAGUAGUCUGGGUUUCUCGGGGAAUUCCAGACGGGAUCAUAGGGCCGUCGGUUCCGACCCCGGCAUAACGUCAACUGUAGAUAACUUUGACAACAUGAGCCUCUCUGAAGGAGAAUGGCUCAAGCGGAGUCCAUCGCCUUUGCGUCGCAGACAUGGAAGAUUGAAUCUCAACAUAUGGAAGGCCCGAGAGACGAACGAGGGUCUGGGAGACUCUUAGGUCAAGAGGAUGUAUUCGGUUUUUUUGUAGGAAUGUUCCGGCUAUAGGGUCAGCGACGCAUUUGUGGAAAGAAAGGGGGACUUUCACACUGGUCAAGCCAACGUUUUGCUGAUAAGUCCCGGGAGUUACUGGCCAUAAGAAGUAAGAAACUCGCACAGGUAGUUCCAGUAUACGAAAAUGUGAUGCUUUAGUGAACGAAGACAGGGGAAACGGACAUGGAUAAUCAUCAGCACUUUCGAGAAAGGAAGGAGUUACCUGAGAAUAGGGUCUGACGACCGCUAUAAUGGUAGGAUACUCUAAUUGGCCAAUGGAGUUAUUGAUGGUCUUUGUGUGGUCAGUAGUAGACGCGGCCAGUGAACAGGAGUUGGAGCCUCUUGACAAGGUUGAGGGCGUUGAAGGAUACAGCUCUCACAACAUCGCCGACAACUGAAUAGCAAAAAUAAUUAAAUCAAUC